AUGGGCACGGUUUCAAUCUCACCAUUCUCAGCUCUACGCUCACUCUCUGCCCCAAAAGGUUACCAUUCCUUUGCAAUUUUGAGCUCUUUCAAGCAUUUCACGGCCAAAGAAAAUAGCCAUCAAUUACAAUUGCUUCAUAACACCAAUGUUUUGAAAGCGUAUAGUAUAAGGAGGGGAAGCUUCAGCUUCCAUGGUGCUGACAGGCACUCCAAGUUGAGAAAUUUUUUGGUUGAGUCAAACCCAACAUCUUCAUCUUCAUUACAGACCCACAUGGGAACGUGGGAAGAUCCUGACGAUGGCAGCGGCAGUGAAGAUGAGGAAGAAACAGAAGAACAUGACUUGGGUUUCCAAAGUGAAUGGGAAGAAGAAGGAGAAGGAGAAGAAGAGAAGGGUGCUCCAGCUGCUGCUUUUGUUGACAGGUCCACAACAAACAAGUAUGAAGAGGAACUUGUGAAAGAGGUGGAACAGCUCUUGGAGCAAGAAGAAAAAGCAAUUUUGCACAAGCAUGCGACUCCCUAUAUGAAGAAAAUAUCAACUGCAAAAUGGAAUCCAGUACAUACUCUUGCACUAUCGGGGCUGGUAACUUUCAUGGACAAGUUACUUGACGAUGGUGUAGAUAUUAAUGUUGUUGAUAAGGAUGGCUUAACUGCUCUUCAUACUGCAAUCAUAGCCAAAAAGGAAGCUGUUAUUAGUCAUCUUCUAAGAAAAGGUGCAAGUCCUCAUAUCAGAGAUGGGGAUGGUGCUACGCCACUUCAUUAUGCAGUACAAGUAGGCACCAAGCGGAUUGUCAAGUUAUUGAUCAAAUAUAAAGUUGAUGUCAAUGUUGCAGAUAAUGAUGGAUGGACUCCGUUGCAUAUUGCUGUACAAAGUAGAAAUAGAGAUAUUGCAAAAAUUUUGUUAGUCAAUGGUGCAGAUAAGAGUAGAAGAAAUAAGGAUGGCAGAACUCCCAUAGAUCUGGGCUUAUGUUAUGGGAAAGACUUCAAGUCCUAUGACCUCACCAAGCUACUGAAGAUAGUGCCAAUGGACAGAGAGUUUUAG